AUGUGCAAGCACGUCGCGCGGUGGGCGGGCGAGGCCAGCUCUCGCCGCUGCGUCGUCCGUGGCACCGAGCGCUUGGACCUCUACACCGCGUCGCCCAGCGCCACGUGGCGCCUCACCGACGAAAUCAGCGUCUGCCUCGCCGACGGCUGCGACUUUGUCGGGCCACUCGGCGCGAUGCACACCGCGUCGUUUAGCCAGCACGCGUUCCUGCACCAGCACCCCAUUGCGCGGGGUCUGCUCAAUAUGGGCCACACAUGCUACAUGAACGCCAUUCUCCAAGCGAUGUGCCAUCUUGCACUUCUACCGCCCACCGCGCUGGAGCCCGCUGGCCGUUGCCGCGACCACCUGUGCCUGCCUUGUCGCUUCCACGACCUCGCGGUCGAGAUGCGUGCGCCGGAGGCCAGCCCGCUGGCGCCGUCCACCCUUUUGUACGCCAUGUGGCAGCAUGCGCCGCACUUGGCGGGCUGCCAACAGCAGGACGCGCACGAAUUCCUCCUCGGCCUUCUCGAUGGAUUGCAUAGCACUACGUCUGAGGUCGAGUGCAAUGCGUAG